GUUCAAUUCGUUCUCUCUCUUCUUUCUCCAAAGCGCUUCUCCACAUUCGCCACCGCUUUCCUUCAAUCCCAUCCUCGACCUCCGCUGUUUCCAGUCAUGGUAUCCCCUGGCCAAAAGGGUUCGACACCCACAUCGGGGGCCCCAGUCUCGGCGUCCCUCCUACCCAUCUCCACAUCCUCUGUCGCAUCCAGCUCGAAUGCAGGAAGAUCCAAUCCGUUACCGAGGCGAUCCCUGGUCCCUGAAGCCCUUCUAUCUCCAACCAUUGACUUUCCUAAACCUAGAUCCAUGAAUCGCACUCAUCCAUCCGACUCCCUCAAUUCUCCCACAUCUUUUCACAUGAAAUCGUCGAUGAUGGUGCGACACAAUGCAAUGUCAGAUCAGCAGGAAAGCAGUGGAUCAGACGAUGAAGAAGACGUUAUUGCAAAAUCAAAAAAAGAUGUUCCAUUAGCAGCGCAGGCAUGGCGACUGUACUCCCUGGCCAAGGACUCGUUGCCGAAUGCCCAAAGAUUGGAAAACCUGACAUGGCGGCUAAUGUCCAUGACUUUGCACAAGAACAGUGAUAGCAGACAAUCUCUCGCUGUUGCUGAUGCUGCUUCCGGACCACCAAGAUUACAACUAGGCCGCGGUCUCUAGAACAACAUAGAUAAGAGAGGACAGCGCGGUAUUGAUCGAAGCACUCGGGCGGUCCUUGCUAUCAUUGAAAGUGUCGUUAGAGUUUGGUCCCCUCUUGCUCACAGCUCUGGGCAGCGUGCCGAGUAGCUGGGAUUCAAAAAUUCAGUUAUCUCACUCUCCAGACACUAUUCACCCAUUUCAUCUCGUUGUUUACGGUCAGGUCG